UUUCUCCCAAGCACAUGUGGCUUAAACGAGAGCAAAAUUGUACGUGUGGACAGUGGCCUCUCGAAAAAUCCAACACUUUCAUCUCUCCCGUGUCCUCACCCCGCCAUACCACACCACACCACACAAACACCCAAACACACCCUUGGAAGCCCAGAGAGGAGUGAUGCAAGAGAGGGAUGGGAGUUUCUUGAAAGGGCAGUUGCCUCCUCAUUUGCAGAUGAUUUCUCUGUUUUCCCAACAGCCCUUUCAUCUUCUUUCUCGCAAAGAAAGAAACAGCAAUAACCUAACCCCAGUUCUAACUGCAGGGUGGUUGUCCUUCCUCUGCUGGCCAAUAAUAUCCUCCACUUUUCAGUAUAAGGGCAGUGCAAUCGGGAAUGGCUCGAUUAUUGCAGCCAUGGUGGCUUGGACUUUAUAUUGCUUGCUGGAGACAGAUCUGAGCCUUUAUAAAAGAGUUACCUCUACCAAACAGGCUCAUAAGAAUCUACAUCUUGAUUUGUAUUUGAGCUUUGUGAAUGGAUAACACAAUAUGUGAUCAGGUUUCCUCUAUUUGUUAUUAGGAACAUUCUAUCCUGACUUGUAUCUUGUAGGACAACACUCAUGUAUCAUGGGAGUAUUGCCCUGAUGGUGUCUGAACUCUCAAACUUCUUUGCCUUAUCACAACCUGAUAUUCUGUACCUAUGCUAGGGGAGUAUGUUUCACUUUCCCCACUCCAUUCUUAUUCUGUGUACUGUGCAUAUCAUACAUGUUGGGAUCAGAAAAAGAAAUAUUUUACUUUAUAAAAGGGUUUAAUACGAAAAAAAGAAUUCCAGCAUGUUACAGAAUUAUAACACUUCCGAGGAUCCACCUAGUUUUAUCCACUAAAAUUUGUCAAUUUCAAAUGAGUUAUGUACACCUAAGAUUUUUGUCCGGUUUCUAACUAUGCAAAGUGGUUUAAAUGAGGUUGAAACACAAUUAAGUUCAAUCUUUUAUCGCAAUUGGUUUGAAGAAAUAAGAUGGAAAAAUUCCUAGACAAGACAAGGAAAGGAUCAGAAUGUUGAAUUUGUCUCCUCUCUUGCCAUUGUGAAUUAGUUUCUUUUCAAUCCACAUGUAAUGUUUGAUUUGAUAUAUAGGGCAAACAUUAAUUUUUUCACUCAACUUGUUCAACCUAGUGAGGUCCAUUUACUCAUAGUUUUACUAUAUAAUGUAGUAGAUUGUUUCAAAUGUACUAUAUCAUUUCCAGGAUCCAGAAUAUUCUCUUAAUCACAUUCCUCUUUCCAGAUGAUACUCAUGGAUCAAGAAUUGAACAAUGUAAAGUGCAUUUGAUGUUCGCGCCUAUGGUGAUCUCACAGUCCUAGCCUCUGAUUUCGGGGAAAAAUGUGCUGCAGAUCUGUAAUUCUUUGUUUUUUGAAAAUCUGUGCUCGGCAAUUACUUGUGGAUUAUUUAUUCUAUCAUGCAUUCAUAAUUUCGAAUGACUAUAUAAGCAUCAACUCCUUGCCAGAUUCAUUACUUGGAUGGGUUUGAUGUGAUCUCUUAAAUUUCAAAGUGUAAGUUGUCUGUAUGUAACAAUUCAUAUGUAAAAAUAAUUUUGCUCUAGGACAAACUUGAGGUUCAGCGUGUGAAUCUCAACUGUACUAAAUGAUCUCUUGUCACUCAGUUUUUCAAAUAUAGUUUCUAUAUGAAUCUCAAAUCUCAAUCCCUUCAUUAGAAUUA